AGGCAUUCGUUGCUUACUAAACGCACGCUCGCUUGCUACGAAAACAAUUUUACGUUUCACCAUCCAAUCUUCCUUGUGCUGCAACCAACCACCGUUUUCAAUCCCCAUCGAACUCGACGUCUCAGUCUCCGCCCAACUCGCGGUUAAAUCGAUUGAUUCUCCUGUUCGGAAACUCUCAAAUAAAACAACACAUACAAAAAUGAAGCACCUCGCAGCUUACCUCCUCCUCGGCCUAGGUGGAAACACCUCCCCCUCUGCUGAGGACAUAAAGUCCGUUCUCAGCGCUGUCGGUAUCGAUGCUGACGAUGAGCGCCUCGAGAAGCUCCUCUCUGAGCUCAAAGGAAAGGAUCUUUCCGAGCUGAUCGCUGAGGGAACCGCCAAGCUCGCCUCCGUCCCAUCUGGUGGUGCUGCUGGUGGCGCCCCUGCUGCCGGUGGCGCCGCUGCCGCUGGCGGUGAGGCUGCUGCUGAGAAGGCGGAGGAGAAGGAGGAGGAGAAGGAGGAGUCCGAUGAGGAUAUGGGCUUCGGUCUCUUCGACUAAAUCAAGUGAUACUUUUCAUCUCUCGCUUCGCGAGGAUAUGGUCAACAACUGGGACUGCGAUGCGAUACUCUACGUGCCGCUUUGGAACAGAAAAAUGUAUCAGUCUGGCGAUCAUAGUUGUAAAUGCAUUGCAGCCGGGAUGGUGGCAUUUGUCAAGAUUAUGUUGACUAGCUUUUUGAUGACAUCCAUGAUGGAAAGAUUCAUGUAUUUCUAAAAUCACAAACAUGCCUAACGUCAUCUAUCUACUUGCCUACGAAUCGAAGAUGGCCGUUGUUCUGAACUG